GCUCUUAUGCCGGCGUACCAGCCUUCGGUGUUUAGGUGGGCAUAAAGUGCAGGUCGGAGACGUUUAAAUAUGGAUAGGCAGCCAGCAGCUUUGUCACUCCACAACCCGCAAUCGUAAUAACACCACGAGUGACAUCUAGACUUAUCACGACUGCGCUGAACUAGGCCACUAAGAUGCAUCUCAUUCUCACAGGAGUGACAGGGCUGGCAGGCUCAGGUGUCUUGGAUGCCAUGCUCAAGAUGCCCGAAAUCACCAAGAUCUCCAUCCUCAGUCGCAGGCCAGUAAAGAUGCUCGAGGACGUCAAAGACCCGCGCGUCCAUGUCAUUAUCCACAAGGACUUUGAGAAGUACGACCCCAAAGUAUUAUCCGAAUUGCGAGGAGCAACCGGCUGCGUCUGGGCCCUGGGCAUCAGCCAAACUCAAGUAGGAAAGGACGAAUACAUCAAAAUCACCAAAACCUACGCCCUGGAAGCUGCCAAAGCCUUCCAAACCCUCCCCCCGUCCCCCAGAGAUCCCUUCAACUUCGUCUACAUUUCCGGCUCAGGCGCCACAACCGAACCGGGCUGGUUCUCCAUGAUCUCCGCCCGCACAAAGGGCGAGACGGAAGCAGCACUGGCCGAAAUGCGGCGCGCCAACCCGCAGCUGCACGCCAGUUCUGUGCGGCCCGCGUUUAUCGACGAGUGGGCUCAUGAGGCCAUUAAGCCGUACGUGCCCGCCAAACCGCUUGCGUACAAGUUCUUUCUACCGUUUGUCGGGGUCGGCAUUAGGCGUGGGAUGGUGAGUUUGUGGAGCCCGACGGAGCCACUUGGGAGGUUUUUGGUGGAGAUGGCGAUGGGAAGGCAUCAGGGUAGUUUGACUGCCGGGAACGAUAUCCAGAAAAUUGGUGAGUUUCCGAUUUUGGAGAAUACGGCGUUUCGGAGACUGGCGGGGCUGGAUAGGUGAUAGAUGGUUGGGAUUGUCAGAGAUGUAUGAUUGUAAUGUCGGGGUUUGAGAUGAUGCCAUUUUCCUCUUUUAACCAUACUUUCCUUAUUGCUCCUCGGAGUGCUUUCCUACUGUAAGUGUGCUUGACUAGGUGGAUAGGUAAGGAGAGACCUACAGCCCCGUGCACGCACGUGAGCAAACGAAACAAAAAGA